GACUCCGGGAUCGGGGGCGGAGACGGCUCGAGUGUUGGCCAAACGAGGGGCGCGAUUGGUACUUCCGGCGCGGAGUCUCAAAGCUGCUAAGGAAGCUAAGGCGCGGAUUGUAUCGGAGUUUCCUGAUUCGCAGAUCAUUGUCAUGGCACUUGAUCUAAGCUCUCUUUCUUCUGUUCGAAAAUUCGUAGCAGAGUUCGAGUCGCUUGAUAUGCCUCUCAAUCUUCUGAUUAUCUCAACUUUCAACUUCCAAAGUAAUAGUUAGUGGCACAUGGAAGCCCAAUUUAAAGCUUGCAAUGAAAAGGACUUAUGCGUAGUGCUUCAAAAUCUUGAGGCCCAAUAAUCGUAUCUACUAACCUCUUAGCCCAAAAUUCCUAGAACCCUAAACCUCUGAAAUUCCUCCGAAGCACAAACCUUUUUGUUUGCUCUAUUAGAUUCAAGCUUCUCUUCUGAAAAUGGCGUCCUUAAUCCCAGAAACAACCCAGAAAAUCUUGACCCAUGAAGCCCUUCGUUCAGCAGCCAAGCAAUCUACAGGCUGCCUCGUCGUUCCGGUGCGCCUUCGUCGUGCCAUUAAGAAGUACCUCCGAGAGGAAGCAGACCCUUAUAUGAAGAGGAAGGUGCUGAGCUUAUCGCAGUCUUUUAGCGUGAUCAAGGACGUCCAUCUGCACCUCGCCUCAUCCACAUCCAAGGAGCUUGUUGAGGACCCUUUGAAGUCUUUGGAACGUUCAAAGAGGUGGAAGAUCAAGAGUUCUUAUGGAGAUAUUGGUUUUAAGUAUAGUGAUGACCAGACAGUGGCUUAUGUUGCUUCACGAAUGCCUGCAGUUUACUCUGCUUGUUAUAGGGUUCUCAGUGAGGUGCGUAGAAGGCUGCCAGAUUUUUCUCCCGCUAAAGUGUUGGAUUUUGGGGCUGGCACUGGUUCAGCAUUCUGGGCAUUGAGAGAAGUUUGGCCAAAGUCUAUUGAGAAAAUAAAUAUAGUGGAACCAUCACAAUCCAUGCAGCGUGCAGGUCGAAGCCUAAUACAGGGUCUGAAGAACUUGCCCCCCAUUCAUAGCUAUAGCAAUAUUCAAGCAUUAGCUAAAGACCUGAAAAAGUCCGAGAGGGGACACAACCUUGUAAUUGCUUCUUAUGUGCUUGGAGAGAUUCCCUCAGUGAAGGAUCGAAUUACCAUUGUUCGCCAACUUUGGGAUCUUACACAAGAUGUUCUGGUUUUAGUUGAACCUGGAACACCACAUGGAUCUAAAAUCAUUUCUCAAAUGCGAUCUCAUAUAUUAUGGAUGGAAAAAAGAAAAUGCCGUAAAUCUCAUGAGAAGGAAACUUCUAAGGAAAUUGUAGCUGUCAAAGCUGGGGCAUUCAUUGUUGCUCCAUGCCCUCAUGAUGGGCCAUGUCCAUUGGAGAAUACCGACAAGUACUGUCAUUUUGUUCAACGUUUGCAGAGGACAUCUUCACAACGUACACAUAAGGUUCACCAUUAGUUCUUUUCUUGUAUAGUUUAACAGGAAGAUUCAUAUGAGUAGGAUUUUAUACAGAUGGAGGUAGGGAUGUUCAGAUUGGACAGUGAUUUAUUCCUCCAUUCAUUCUAGUAAUUAUUCUAGAUUUAAUAAGGUCCAUAACCCAGCUGAAACAGAAACUGCAGCCCAAACAGUAUACUGUCUCACAAAAAGGAAUAGAAGUCAAAAGUAGAAGUCUUUUUUGUCCAUGUUUAGUUUGAUUUAUAACAUCAAAAUUUAGGUAACCACAUCCAAGACUCACAGGGUUGCUUUAGUAAAAAUAUUGUCUUCCCAAACCUUGCAUCCCUUCAUCCAUCUCUCUUCUCAAUACAAGAAUAUAAAUACAUAAAAAUUUAAUGUGUAAGCCCAGGCACAGGGGAAAAACAGAGGCUUGACCCAGGGACCUAGCUAGCAGUUGAGUAGUAUUUCUCUAUUUUCCCUUUUCUUCAUGUAUUGGUUGAUCUUUUGAAACUAGGGUCUUAGUUGUUUCACAAAUUAACUUGAUUUAUUCAUUUCUUCUCUUUGAUCAGUGUUUUUUUAUAACUGUUUUCUUGGUUUCUCUUCUUCUGGUUGUUGGGGAAAUGGGAAAAGAACAAAAAUGGAUGAAUUUUGAAGCAGAAUUUGAUGUUUGAUAUUGUUUCAGUAAGAAAAGACUGUGAAAGAUCCAUUCUUUUGUUUGGUUGGUAAUGAAAUUAUGAAUUAUUGAUUGUUUUUUCUGUUAAUCUUUGACAGUUAUGUGAGUUUCUUCACAGUUUAAAUGAGUUAAGUUUCUAGGAGUGUCUAUUUUUGGAGAAAAAGCAGCAUAGAAAUAUAUAGAAGGAUGGAGU